AUGCAAUACGUCACCCUCGAAACUCCCACUGUGUUUUCUCUUCGGGGCAUCAUUCGUCCCCUAAUUGUAACACAAACAAAGGUAACGGGCGUGGGAGCCGUUAGCAUCAGCAACGAUGUCACGACCACCUACAUCACCAACCGGACACAUUCUGCCUGUGAUCAACGCAAGAAUGAUCUCAUCCCUGUGAUAAGAGACUUGCAAUCUGCAACAUUGAUCACGAAAAUGUUGUUGCAUCCGGAGGGGCGUCCGGCAGCGUUCCGUUCCGUUCCACCGAUUGCUCGUAGCAUUGACACCGCCCACAGCUCCACCACCCACGCCCCUAUCACUCCAUCUCGUCCCCUUAACACCAGCAAAAGGCGUCGGGUUGUCACAUGCCCCGCCCGCACCGCCAUGUUUUCCUCGGCUUCAGGCAAAGCCACCGUGAUGUCAUCUGCCACACCUACUGGCCAGACCAUCAUGCUUUUCUGUUCUCGGCGCCCACGACGCUGCUUGACGGCGUGGGAGGUGCAGACGAGCGCGGAGAUGAGAGAUACUGGGAUUUCGGGAGAUGCUGUGGAUGCUGGCGGUGGUGCCUUUGUCGAUGAUGCUUUUGGCGUGGGGUCUUCUUCUGUUUCUUCUUCUCUUUCAACGUCUCCUUCUUCUGUUUCUUCUUCUUCUGUUUCUUCUUCUCUUUCAACGUCUCCUUCUUCUGUUUCUUCUUCUUCUGUUUCUUCUUCUCUUUCAGCGUCUCCUUCUUUUGUUUCUUCUUCUUCUGUUUCUUCUUCUCUUUCAACGUCUCCUUCUUUUGUUUCUUCUUCUUCUGUUUCUUCUUCUCUUUCAACGUCUCCUUCUUUUGUUUCUUCUUCUUCUGUUUCUUCUUCUCUUUCAACGUCUCCUUCUUUUGUUUCUUCUUCUUCUGUUUCUACUCCUUCUUCUUCUCUUUCUUCUACUCCUUCUUCUUCUCUUUCUUCUACUCCUUCUUCUUCUCUUUCUUCUACUUCUUCUUCUUCUUCUCUUUCUUCUAUCUCUUCUUCUUCUUCUCUUUUUUCUACUCCUUCUUCUCUUUCUUCUACUCCUUCUUCUUCUCUUUCUUCUACUUCUUCUUCUUCUCUUUCUUCUACUCCUUCUUCUUCUCUUUUUUCUACUCCUUCUUCUUCUCUUUCUUCUACUCCUUCUUCUUCUUCUCUUUCUUCUACUCCUUCUUCUUCUCUUUUUUCUACUACUUCUUCUUCUCUUUCUUCUACUUCUUCUUCUUCUCUUUUUUCUACUCCUUCUUCUUCUCUUUCUUCUAUCUCUUCUUCUUCUUCUCUUUCUUCUACUCCUUCUUCUUCUCUUUCUUCU